UAGAUAGAUAGAUAGAUAGAUAGAUAGAUAGAUAGAUAGAUUCUCCUAAUGGUUAUAGAGCUGUGUAGCGAGUCGUAUCCUUUUAUUUUCAAAUGCGUGACCGGAAGUUCUAUGUUGUACUGUCUCUGACUUGACGCUGGUUAACGUUAAUUAACGUGCUACGUUGCUACGAUGAUAUGCGCCUUGUGUGGACCGCGCUGCCUCCAUCCACUUGCCAGCCGCUCCAUCAGCAUCCCGUGAACUACCCAGAAGCUACACCUUCCGGCGGGGACCCUCUGACUAAGCUCCGCCCGGCUGAGCUGGCCCGCCCGGCGCAUGGACGGUACGGCCACAAUGGCAGAGGAUUUGGGGGGUACCUCUGUCGUACACAAACAACAGGUCGCAUGGAUAAUUCCCCCACAACCCGCCCGUGUCGCCUCGUGUCUGGGGUGAUCAGACCGCCGCGUGUCAGCUUGAUGCGGCAGCAGAGUCGUGCGGGAGAGGGGCUUCUCAUCCCGGCUGUCGACUGAGACGGAACGCGGCGUGGAGCAGGUGUCGUGCGGCCGGGGGGCUCAGCAGGAUGGAAAUAGAUGCCCGCUUUCGCUACUACUUCCAGCACCCGUGGUCACGCCUCAUCGUGGCCUACCUCGUCACCUUCUUCAACUUCCUCAUCUUCGCCGAGGACCCUGUCUCCCACAGCCAGACUGAGGCUCACAUGAUUGUGGUGGGCAACUGCUUCUCCUUCCUGUUCAACAAGUACCCGGGCCUCGGGUGGAACAUCCUCAAAGUAAUAUGCUGGAUACUGGCCAUUAUCACUGGCCUGUUUGCCGGGAAGUUUAUAUUCCACCGCCAGCUCUUCGGUCGAUACCUGCGCCUGAAAAUGUUCCGCGAGGACCACGGCUCCUGGAUGACCAUGUUCUUCAGCACCAUCCUCUUCCUCUUCAUCUUCUCACACAUCUACAACCUUUUCCUGCUGAUGACCGGGGGCAUGGAGGCUCACAUGGUGACAGAAUACAUGGGCAUCAGGAAUGAGAGUUUUAUGAAGAUUGCUGCAGUGGGGACAUGGAUGGGAGAUUUUGUUACUGCUUGGAUGGUGACAGACAUGAUGCUCCAGGAUCAGCACUACCCAGACUGGGGCAAAGCGGCCCGGAGAUUCUGGAAACAAGGCAACAACAGGAUUGUGCUCUUCUGGACAGUGCUCAUCUCUCUGACAUCAGUGGUGGUUGUGGUCAUCAGUACAGACUGGAUCAGUUGGGACAACCUGAACCGAGGCUUCCUGCCCAGCGAUGAAGUCUCCCGAGCCUUCCUCGCCUCCUUCAUCUUGGUCUUCGACCUUCUCAUUGUCAUGCAGGACUGGGAGUUUCCUCACUUCAUGGGUGACCUGGAUAUGAAUCUACCAGGAAUGUCAACAACACAUGUGAAGGUCAAGCUUCCUGUCUGCAAGAGUAUUUUCAAAGAGGAGUACCACCUUCAUAUCACAGGUAAGUGGUUCAACUACGGCAUCAUCUUCCUCGUGCUGAUUUUGGAUCUUAACAUGUGGAAGAACCAGAUCUUCUAUAAGCCCUAUGAAUACGGCCAGUAUGUUGGGCCUGGUGAGAAGAUCUACACAGUGGAGGAGCCGGAAACACUUGGGGACUUCAACCACAGUACGCUCACAUACAAGUGGCGCUCCACCAACAUCAAUCCUGGCACCAAUUUAACUUAUGUGGAGCGAGACAUGUUCCUCCACAGCCGCUAUGUCGGAGUCAGCCUGGACAUCAAAUGCCUGGCCUUUAUUCCAAGUCUGGGAGCGUUUGUCCUCUUCGGAUUCUUCAUCUGGUUGUUUGGUCGAUUUCAAGACAGCGAGACCUUCGCAGAAAAUCAAGACAAAUCAUAUGAGAGGAUAAAGAGGAAGUCACCGUCGGAGUAUAGCAAGGAGAUGGGCGUGACGCCAGAGGAGAUGCAUAUGACCAUGAGUGACAGUCUAAAACGAUUGGGAACACCAAUGCUUCUAUCAGUGGAUGGGCCACACUUUGGUGCGACACCCUCUACAAAUUCGACUGUUUCCAUGGACACUCAAGAGACACAUCCAAGCAUUGUGAUUGACAACGCACCGCCGGAUGAACCAGAGGACUCCUUUGAUGUCCACGAACUCUCUCCAUGAACUUACAAACUUUCAAAAGUUGGAAGAAGGACGAUCAGAGUGAUAUAGUUGUUCACGAUCUUAAACUUUUCUUUAAAUAAGACUAAGCUGCAACAGAGAAGAGAUCGACGUAAAUAUUCAAGCAAAGGACAGACUGACCAGUUUGCAGUCAUAUGACUAUAUAUAUUUUUUUUAUAACAACAUUUAUAAUAGCCUCUAACAUGGCACCAAUUCUUAAAACAAGGAAAUGUUUUGAAACAGAAUGCAAACUCUUUACUGACAUGGUGCUGGCUUGGAUUUCCGAUUUUCAUAAUUAACUAAUGGGUGCCUAUAUCAGAGGAGUAUUUAUAUGGCUGUGACCUUGCAGUCAGCUACAGUGUGCCUUGACAUCUCGCAUAUACGCAUCCAGACAAAAAACAUAUUUUAAUAGCCUAUACGGUAUAGGCAACAAAGUGAAUGAUGUCCCAGUUAUGGUCUGCUCUAAUAAUGUCUUAUAUUUGUUUUCAUAUCAAAUGUGCUAUUGUUACCUCAUUUAAUCCUCAGACUUUUCAUUUAUUCCCCUGUGAUGUCACUCUUGCAGCAAAAACUGAGACCUCCGAGGGUUGCGAGAAGAGAAUGACAUAGUUCUUUUCUCACAGCCUUCCUUUGAGAGUUCUCACAGUUUGAUCUUGAUACAUUAUCUGGGCAGAAGUUUUUGUGGUGUCGACAACUGUUUUGUGAUUAGUCAGAAAUUGGAACUGGGUUAAUGCAGAAAAGUUAAAAUGUCUGCCCUUGAGUUUUUCAUGAACUAUAAAUGACCUGGCCUGAAUGAGUGUUGUUCCUGCCACCUGAGGAAAAUAUGUCUGUGAAGGUUCCCAGUCAUCCAGGUCAUGGUGAUCCAAAAGGCAUUGAAUAAAGGCAAUUUUACUUAUAGAUUCUACAAAAAGUCCAGUUGCCUUUAUUCAACGCCUUUUAGAUCACCCUGAGAAAACAUAUUUAUUUCUUUUAGUGGAGUAUGUAACAAAGUUUACUUGAUUUUAAAUGUAUAUUCCUUGUUAGAAUGACAUGAUUAUAAAGAUAAAUGUUUGCUGAUGCCCCAUAUGUCGAUAUGCUGAUGCCUGCAUAUCGUCUCGCUUGAUAUUAGUUGCAGAGAUAGUAAACACAAUCAAUUGAGAAGAAACGGCAAAGCAACAAGCCACCUCAUUGCUGCUCAUGUGGCUGCGGCACCUUCCCUGAAUACCAACAGAGUCAGUAAGGUGGUUUCGUCCUUGGCAUAAACAUGUCAUUGAAGUGCAGGAAUUGGUUCUUAUCUAAAGCUCAGGGCUUCUUUAUGUUUUCAUAGAAACCUUAAAAUUUGAAUGGUAUAGCAUUUGUCUUUAUCCUGGCUUUAAAUGUGUUUUUUUUCUGUGUUUUUCAGUGCUACGCAAUUUUCUGAAAUACAAGUAUUUUGGGGGGGGGGGGUCGAAAAAGUGCAAAUGCAAGGGCCAACUACAGUUUUUACCAUCUUACUAACUUUUCAUGCAACUUUUUCAGGAGUACCUUGCAUACAUUCAAGAGUGAAUAUGCCAAAUGACAAGUUGGAAUGAUAUUAUGUGGAUCUUUUUGCAUCAAUUUAUGGUAUAUUACACAACAAUAUAAUCCAGUGUCCUCUGAAAUAAAUCCCGUAAACUGUAACCUAUAACAAAUGGCUACACCCUUAGAACUCAAAUACUGAGAAAGUUGAUAUAUUUUGCUUUGGAUGUUACAUGCUUUGUUUGGCAAUGACCAAGUAGAUGUGGUCAUAAAACAGAACAGAACCUAGGCUGCCAGAUCAGUACUAUGGCCUUUUUAAUUAGAGUAAUUAUACUAUUAUAUGAUGAUAUGAUUCUUUACAUUUGUGUAUUAAUAUACUAAAAAAACACAAAACAAAUGAAAGAUCUGUGAUUUGGUAUCUGUAUUAUGAUGUUAAACAAUUAAAAUUCACUAAAUUCAUUUUAAAAACAUAUUUUAAGAAAGAUGAUUAGCCAUUUAAUUAAAGGUUUGUUUGCCCAUAAUUAAACUUUUGGAAUAGCUUUUUGUAAAUCUGUUAAUUUUGAGUAUACAGUAUAUGACAGUGUAAAACUUUAGGUUUAUUCUGGUGGCACAUUCCAUACAGAGGUUCUCUGUGUGUGAUUGUGUGUGUGUGUGUUAUGUAGGCUAAGACAUCCAUUUGUGUCUGUAAAGGAAGUUUUUUUUUUUUACUAAACAGGGCACAUUGUGUUUGUGUGUGAAGGCUUGUGAAGUGUGUAGGUGUUUGCUACUACACUUGUAGUGCUACAUUCUGUGAAGAGGUCAAUGUAUUUAGCAUAAUUGGUUUGCAGCUCCCGGUUCUGUAAUUAUCCUUUUACACACUAAAACUCUGCAAAGACAUAAAAUAUUAGUGUUUCCCCAAAGGGCGCAACCUCUUUGGACAUGAAGGGGCUCUAAUAUAUUUGUAAUGCAGAUGUUGUGUUUUGCUUUAAUGUGAAGGCUUUGCUGCUCAGACUGUUUUCAUUGUGUUGUGUUGCAAAAUUGACACUUCUUUAAAUUCCUGUGUUUUUAAAAGCAGAGGUAAUCGUACACGGUGUACUGUACGUGAGUUGAACUUUGUGUUACCAAUAAAUUAAUACAUUUCUUA